AACCGUGUGAAAGCUGCAGUGAUUCCCAGGUGAUGGGAAAGUGAAAAAGGUGCGCCCUGCAGUAUAAAUGAGGCUCUGCAGCUCUGCUCCAUCACAACAACUGGUUGACAGGAGAAAUCACUAUUUGCUCCAUACAAAGAAAACUUGUAGCUUCCAAAGCAAAAUGCUCAGCAGGAUCUUGUUGGUGUUGCUGUCUCUCAGUCUGUACAGUGCAGGCUCCUCACUGAGCUGCAGAUGGGUGGAUCAUAAAUUCAGACAGCACAGUGAAGAAUCUUUGGCUCUACUGGACACCAUGGCUAGUAACUCCACUAACACCACUGGGGAUGCUGAAGUGGACGACACUGUGUCCUUCCCGAAUCAUCUGUACAGCCAGGCGUCCAAAGCAUCAGCUGAGGACAAAGUUGCUUUCACAGUUCAGAUUCUGGAGGAGAUGGUGGCCCUGCUUGAGGGGGGUUACAGCUCUGCAUCAUGGGAGGAGAACACAGAGGAGAACUUUCUCAGUGUUGUAAGCAGGCAGGCUGUCGGCCUUCGCUCCUGUACUGUGCACCACAAGGAGAGCAAGAAGCUGCACAUGUACUUCAAGAGACUCUCAAGCCAUGUUCUGGAGCACAUGGGCCACAGUGCUGAAGCCUGGGAGCUGAUCAGGAGGGAAAUGAAAAGCCAUCUGAAGAGAGUCGACCAGCUGAUUUCAUCUAACUAA